AUGGCAAUACAACAGUUUUGUAAAAACGAAAACCGCGAGUAUCUACAGGAUUUUUCAAAGCAACAAUAUGCAUGGGACUUAGCCUCCCAGUUGUUACGCUCAAGGGACGAAAACACUCAGUUUUUACUUUCCAGGUCAAGAUUUCCAGAGACUGACCAGAUACUUUUUAGGAAGUCCUUGCCGGAGAACGCAAAAUAUGGCGCUAAUUCGUCUGUUGAUUCACUUCUCCAACGGCCCAUCAACUGUCAUAACAGAGCUAUCGAUCGCGCUAGCGACAUACACAAUCAAUCCAUACCCAGCGUUUGGGCGGAUUGUAUAGCGGAGCUGUUUCAGUACCUCCAAUCAGCAUACGGGAGGCAAGAUCUAGCCAUGGAGCUACUGUUAUUGGAAUAUUUGACUGUAUUGCCGAAGGAAGUUUCGACCGCCGUUUUCAUUGACAAUCAGGGAUGCGGUUCCGUUGGUAAUGUCGACGUUACAGUCUUUUCUCGUUCAAAACGAUCAAUCGCAACGAAGUAUUCUGUUAAGGCAGAAGAGCCUUCUGUGUUUGGAAGCUGGCUAACGUACGAUGUGCCAUUUAAAUCUCUCCUGCCCUUGAUUAGUAAUGCUAUCGAAUUAUUUUCAUGUGAAGAAACACAUAAAGCAGCAACAGAAGUAUUAAUUCGGUCCUUAGAUCAGUCGUCAGUAACUUUAAUUCAAGAUACUUUCUGUGAUAUGAUGACGAGAUGUUUUAUUAGUGAAUGGACAAGAUCAAGAAUUGCAAAAGCCUUAGUGUCUGGUGAAGACACGAUAAAGAAUAUAUGCCGUCUCAUGACGGAGUUUGGCAAAACUUUCCCUAACUACGUUGCCAAACGCUUGACUGAUCUAGACAUUGUGAUAUAUUUGGAAAUGAUGCUUGGGUUCCCAGUUAUUAUG